CGGGUGAAGCUCCCAGGACGCUCAAGCAAUCGCCCGGUGAUCUACGAUUUCUCCACGACCUAUAAGCAGAUGUACGAGGACCUUUGCAGGAAAGACCGGGAAUGCUACAGCAGGAAUGGAAUCUUGUACCUCUUGGGCAGAAACGACAGGAUCAAGCCACGCCCCGAAAGGUUUCAGGAGUGCAGCGACCCCUUUCCCUUCGACGUCAUCUUCACCUGCGAGGAGGGUGUCUAUGACCGAGUGGUACAAGAGCUGUGCGCCAGGGAGCAGGUGACCUUCCAGCCGGUGCACGUGGUCAACGUGGACAUUGCAGACACCUUGGAGGACGCCACCGUCGGGGCUUUCGUCAUCUGCGAGCUGUGCCAGAGCCUGCAGCAGGCGGACGACGUGGACAGUCUGGAUCAGCUGCUGCUGGCGGCGGAGGAGAAAACAGGAAAGAGCUUUCUUCACACGGUCUGCUUCUACUGAAGGGCUUGGCUGGAGUCGGCGCCUUCGUUCGGAAACAACUUUCAUGUGGUUUGGACUAGUCCGUAUUUUCUGUGAGAAGGGAUUUUAACGUCCUUCCCACUAACUUCUGUCGUUAUGAUCAUUAGGUAUAUGCCACCGGGGAAGAGUUGAGCAAGAAAAAGCAUUUCUUGGGAAAGGAGGACAA